AUGACCGCAUCGACCGGUAAACGAUCUUUCCGUGCAUGUCUACGCUGCCGUCGCCGCAAAACAAAAUGCGACCUUGACGGCUCAAGUGGCCGAAAGGAACCACCCUGCAGAUCAUGUCACCUUUCUGGCAACGGUUGUGUCCUUGUGCAGUCGAAACGAGGCCAAAGACGUAACAAAGCUACGCGGACUGCUCGCGCAAAUGUAUCAGACAACUCAGAAGCGCUUAUGCACGAGAAUGAGAGUACCACUACAAGUUCUAGACCAUCUCCGACACUUGUGGAAGCCGACCAAUCUACGAUGUGUGCACGAAGCUUAUCAGAACCAUAUGGGACAGCCAGAGAGCCAGAAGUUGAAUUAAGGAACCCGUCUGAUGCGCUCGAGAUACUGGCACGUUCAGACGAGCGUUUACACUUGGCUUCGACCCGUUCUUUAGCCGAUGGUACCACGUCAUCGGCGCCCAGCAUGCAAGCAACUGGAAAUGGAUCGACUACACUCGAGGACUUCGAGUUGCUAACAACGGGAAUACUGCAGAUGGGCGUAAUCCUUGAGUUAUUACAAAAAUAUACAAAGACCUAUCAUCCUCAUUAUCCUAUUGUUCCAGCAUGGCUUCACUCACCGAUCGUCAUAGAAAAGAUCAGGAAAUCCGAACACUUUCUCCUCACAGUGCUAUUGACCGUUGCGUCGCGAGAUUCGACGCAGCAUGUACUCAUACAUCGAUACUGUUGGGAACAUGCUCAGAGACUGCUACUAGGGGUACUUUUAGCCCGUCCCUCAACUCAAACACCCCGCACGGUUGAAGGCCUCUUGGUUCUAGCGGAGUGGCUACCUCACAUUGAAUCUAAGCUCAAGACUGAAGAAGCACCUGGCAAUCUUUUCACCGAAGACAGGCGUGCGUGGUCACUUGUAGGCCUCGCGAUACGGCAAGGUUAUAUGCUUCGGUUAGACAGAGCUGCUGAUAAGGACCUAGUCGUGUAUCUCGCAGACCGCCAUAUAUCAGUCCGCCUGGGGCAAUCGUUCUGGUCUCGCGGGCCAUCUCUGUCCUCCCAUUUUACUGCGGAUGACUUCCCCAGUCUGAAACCUAGAUCUGGAGAUUUAUAUGAUCAUUCUGCGAUUUUGCAAGCCAAUCUGGACCUUGUACAGAUUUUAUACAACGCCCAUCUGAUCUUGUACGCCUCCGCAGAACGGACUCAAGCUCUUAUCAAAGAUGGCGAUUACGCCCGGUACCUAGACGACUUUCUGGGUGCUGCAGCGAUGUGGAUGACUACGUGGCGACGACUGGACAAUUCGUCAGUGGUACCAAACUCAGUCUUUAUAACUUAUGAGUACGUCUGUCUAUAUGUAAACGCAUUUUCAUUCCAGGCAGUUGUCGCACGAUCAGUCAAGGACCAAAGGUCGCAUCCCAAAACACAUGCUACCGAUGAUGUACCCUUAGAAGAAGGAUUUUAUCGAAGCACCCUAUCUUUGCCUGAUGGGCUCUACAUCAACGGUGCAAUCCACGCGGCGACAAAGUUGCUCGAAAGAUUUACAAGUUUGGACCCGCACGGCGAAAUGCAAUACCUUCCGUCGCGUUUUUUUCUGUAA